AUGCAGCAAGAAGGCAAAGAAGGUCAAGAACAUGAACAAGACUUUUCAGAGCCGUGGGAACAGAGCGAUGUUGUUCUACUGGUGGAAGGACAGAAAAUCCAUGUCCAUCGUCUCAUGUUGUCGAUGUGUUCUCCUGUUUUCUCUCGAAUGUUCUCCGCAGAAUUUAAAGAGAAAGAUGCCGAUGAGAUCCCGCUACCCGGCAAGAAAGUUACUGAAAUAAGAGAGAUGUUGCUGGUUAUUUAUCCGAGUUUCUGCAAACGAGUGACAGACAACAACUUGGAUUUCUUGUUGCCUCUUGCUCGAGAAUACCAAAUGACAGUACUCACACAAAAAUGUGAAGAUUAUCUUCUGUGGGGAAAGGAAAAAAAGAACGAAAUCAGCUCCAUCAUGAAAACCCUAAUCGUCGCCCAAAAUUUUUCCUUGGAAAGACUGAAAACUGAUUGCAUCAAGAAAACGCAAAAUCUUUCCACGGAAGAUCUUAAGAGCCACGAGUUGUACGAUCAACUCGAGCCUCUCUCUCAGAGGAGGAUGGUUGAAUUGCAAAUGGCUAACAUGGAGAAAAAACUCAGAGAAGCUAAAGCCAAGUUAGAGAAAUCCAACGCGGAGAUUUCAAAAUUACAAGGAAAGAUUAAAGAGAUGAAACAAUUGGCUUUUGAGGGUUUGCAGCAC